CCAACGCUAAUUUUCUACAGCAAAUGGGUAAUUUACCUUGCUGUCCGCGAGGUAACGGGGAAAGCAAAGAAAACGCCGGAGUUGUUUUUUCUGAGCUUUCUUCCGGAGAUCAGAGCAAUGCAAUCGGUUCUAGCUCGAGGCAGGUGGGAGACAUCAAUUCUGCUUCUGUUGACGCUUUGACGGCGGUGAAAGGUAUAGGAAAAGCGCUAGCAGUUCGCAUUGUUGAAUACAGAGAGGAGAAUGGGCCAUUUGAAACUAUGGAUAAAUUGUCGGCUGUCUCUGGAAUUGGGACAUCUAAAGUAGACGCACUGAAAGAGAGUUUUGACGUUUUGCAGUUGUCUGGUGGUGUAGGAAAGCCAGAAAGGAGAAGGCUAGAUGUCAAUACAGCCAGUGAAGAGCAACUGAGAUCGCUGUUAACUGUUGGUAACGUGCUAGCAAAGAAAAUAGUUGAAUACAGAGAAAAACAUGGUGCAUUCACAACACUCGAGGAGCUGAGUAAUGUGCAGGGGAUUGGAGAGUCGACUUUCAAAACCCUGACAGAAUAUUUGGAAGUGAAAGAAUUGAAGAAUAGUAGAGAUAAAAUAAUUGACUCAAAGAAAGGUGAGAGGAAAGAGAGGGAACAAAAUGUGGUCAAAAUUGGAAGCUGGAACCUCGAGAGAUUUUCAACUGACAAAGCAAGCAAUGAAGGAGUACUAGAGGUGAUUUGUACAACUAUUUUGAAAUACAGGUUAUCUGUGGUUGCAUUUCAAGAGCUUGCUGACGAAAGUUCUCUGCAAAAGGUGUGUGAUCAGUUAAACAAGCCAACUAUCGAUGCUGUUAAAAAUUUGGCUAAUAGAAAGCAGUGGCAGUGUGUCACAUCAGGAGUGACAGGGAGAAUGUUUAAAUCACCUGAAUUUAAUGGUUUUCUUUGGGAUGAGUCUAAACAAAUUUCUCUUCGAUCAUCAAGCAUUUUGCAGAAGGUCAACAAAAGCAAACCAUUUGUUCGGCAACCAUUUAUAGGCUAUUUUAAGGUUGAUAAGUUUGACUUCGUUCUUGUAAGUGUCCAUCUGAAAGCCACUGGAUUUCACAAUGAAGACAUUGAUAAACUGAAGGCUGAAAUUGAGAGACUGCCACAGCUAGUGGAUGCAAUAUCUGAAUAUGUGGAAGGGGAAAAGGAUAUCAUAAUAACUGGUGAUUUCAACUUGGAAUCAAGUGCUGGAGAUUUCAAAUCUCUAAGUGAAAAAGGAUUUCAUCACUUGAUUCCUGCUGACAUCUACACUAAUGUCAGUGUGAAAAAUCCGUUGGGAUCAGAACAAUACGACAAUAUGUGGAUAUCAGAAUGGACUCAUCGUACAAUGUAUGCAGGCAAGUGGGGUGUUGUGAGAGAUGGCUUGACUCAUCAUCUCAUUCCAGAUGGAUGGAGUUGGGGAGGAACAGUGUCUGAUCAUGUUCCUAUAUAUGCAGAGUUUUAUAAUGACAAGGAUUUUGAUACAUCUACUCGCGAGUCUGUAUCUGGAAUAGUUGUUGAUACCAACUAGUCAAAUUUCGACUUUCAAUUAACUAGUACAUACUAAAAUGUAUGUUUUUACAGUGUACUCAAUAUGACAGCUAUCAUCUGCCUGGUCAAUACAA